GGGUGGGAACUAAACAGCCGAUCUUUUCUCUGUGAACAUAAACAAACUUCUGUCUCCCAUCUCUCUCUCAAUUCCCCCUUUUAAGUUUUAACCCCAUCUGAUCUACUCUCUCUCCUCCCCCCUUUUCCCUUCUCUCUCUCCUAUUCUCGCCUCUCAUUUCUCUGCUUUUGCGCGGCGAUCGAUCUUCUGCCAUGUAAAUUCCUCAAAAUCUGUACAAUUCUUCAUCCAAUUCGCUUCCAAAAGCUCUCAAUUUCACUCGAUUGAUCCCCCAUUUUCUUGUUCUUUUGUUUUUCUAAUUUCAAUUUGCGAUUAUUGGGUAAAAUCGAGUAAUCUAGGGUUUUCUGGGAGGUCGAAUUUUCGCUUUUUAGGGUUUGUAUGAGGCUUUGGUGUUGCCUUCCAUGCUUCGUCGGCGAGGAUAGAGAAGAUAUAAUGGAAAGUGCGAGAAACGGUGAGAUUAAGAGUGAACCUGAAAAAUUGAUUGAAGGUGAGGAAGAAAAAGAAGCGGAAAAAGGAGAAGAAGUGCUGUCCGAAAGUUUGGAAUUAGGGUUUUGUUUAGGGUUACCUGGUAGUAGUAGUGUUGGUUGUAGUAGUAAUAAAAAGAGUGUCGAGGGUUUGAAGGGAGGCGGUUCAAAGAGGGAUCUUGGAGGUUUUGUUGUGGAGAGAGAAAAGAGUGUUUUUGAGUCAUUGGAGCUUUCGAUUGGUGGCAGUCGCAGCCGGGAUUUGCCGUCUCUGGAUGAUUGUGUUCCCCCUUUUCUAAUCAAUGUGAUUGAUUUUGGCGAGUCCUCGUCGUUUCCAGUACCAGAAGAAGCAUUUUUUGGCUGUGAUUUGCAGCAUAAGCGUGCCAAAGUCGAGUCUAGAUUUCCAGAAACGCAUUGUUCAACAUAUGCACCUUCAUGUACUGAUAAUAACUCCUUGGAUGCAAUAAGGAGCUACCAUACCUCUACAAAUUCUUCUGUUUAUUUAAAGAAUAAAAUUCAAGACCUAAUACCUCCAGACAUGGAUGACUGUGUAAAUAUUGUAAGCUAUAAUAAAGUUGGAGACGUUAUCGAGGACAUUGAUACUUCAUACAUGGAUGACAUGGGAAUCCCGCUGGAUCUUUCAGAUGAUCUAUUGCAUAUGGUAUUCUCUUUCCUAGGACAUGCACAUCUUUGCAUUGCUGCAAUGGUGUGCAAGCAGUGGCGAGUUGCUAGUGCCCAUGAAGAUUUUUGGCGAUCUUUGGAUUUUGAAAAUCGAAGCAUAUCCGUGGCACAAUUGGAAGAUAUUUGUCAUCGGUAUCCAAGGGCUACUGAAGUGAAUCUUUGUGGUAAUCCAGAAAUGCACACGCUUGUCAUGAGAGCAGUUGCUUUGUUGAGAAAUCUUGAGGCAUUGACCUUGGGUAGAGGACAACUUGGGGAAACAUUUUUCCUUGCUCUUUCUGACUGUCCCUUGCUGAAGAAGUUGGUUGUAUCUGAUGCUGCUCUUGGAAAUGGUGUACAAGAAAUAUCCAUCAAUCAUGAAAGAUUAGAACAUCUUCAAGUUACAAAAUGCCGUGUACUCCGUGUGUCUGUAAGAUGCCCCCAGCUUGGUAUUUUAUCUUUGAAGCGUAGUAACAUGGCACAUGUGGUGCUUAACUGCCCUAUUUUGAAUAAUCUGGAUAUUGGCUCAUGCCACAAGCUUCCCGAUGCAGCGAUUCGUUCUGCUGUCACAUCAUGCCCCCUUUUAGAGAUUCUAGACAUGUCAUGCUGUUCAUGUGUUAGUGACGAAACACUUCGUGAAAUAUCUCAAGCUUGUGCGAAUCUUCGUGAGCUGAAUGCUUCAUAUUGUCCUAAUAUUUCUCUCGAGUCUGUGAAGAUGCCGUUGCUAACUGUUCUGAAGCUUGAGAGUUGCGAGGGCAUAACUUCUGCUUCGAUGGCUGCAAUAGCUUUCAGUAACAUGUUGGAGGUGUUGGGGCUCGACUUUUGCAACUUGUUGACCUCUGUUUCUUUAGAGCUUCCUCACCUGAGUAAUCUAAGCCUGGUGAAUUGUCGCAAAUUUGUAGACUUGAAUCUAAGGUGCCUUAUGCUGUCAUCUCUUAAUGUAUCUAAUUGCCCUGCGCUUCACCGUAUCAGUAUCACUUCAAAUGCACUGAAAAAACUAGCUUUGCAUAAACAAGAAAGCUUGAAUUCUCUUUCAUUGCAUUGCCAAUAUCUAGAAGAAGUGGAUCUUUCCGAUUGCGAGGUUUUGACAAAUUCAGUGUGUGAUGUCUUCAGCGACAGAGGUGGAUGCCCAAUGCUGAAGUCUUUGGUUCUUGAUAACUGUGAGAGUCUAACUGCAGUUGGACUACAAAGUACAUCUCUUGUCAGCCUUUCACUGGCUGGUUGCCGUGCCAUCAUAACUCUUGAUCUCAAAUGUCCAUAUCUUGAGCAAGUUCGCUUAGAUGGCUGUGAUCAUCUUGAAAUAGCUUCAUUUCUCCCGGUUGGUAUGCGAUCGCUGAACUUGGGCAUAUGUCCGAAACUGAGUGCUCUCCAUAUUGAAGCACCUUGCAUGGUUGGUCUUGAGUUGAAAGGAUGUGGUGUAUUAUCUGAAGCUUCAAUAAAUUGCCCUCUUUUGACAUCCCUUGAUGCAUCCUUUUGCAGCCAGCUUACCGAUGAUUGCUUGUCUGCAACAACUGUUUCUUGUCCUCUUAUUGAGAAAUUGAUUCUGAUGUCUUGUCCCUCUAUUGGCUCUGACGGGUUAUCUUCCUUACGUUGGCUUAAAAAUCUCACUUAUCUUGAUUUGUCCUACACUUUCUUGAUGGAUUUGCAACCGGUUUUCAGCUCCUGCUUGCGACUUACGGUUCUGAAGCUGCAAGCAUGCAAGUAUUUGGAUGAUUCAUCACUGGAGGCUCUGUAUAAGGAGGGUGCUUUGCCGGCAUUACAUGAGUUGGACUUGUCCUAUGGGACUCUUUGCCAAUCUUCCAUUGAGGAACUGCUAGCUUACUGCACACAUCUGACUCAUGUGAGUCUGAAUGGCUGCAAAAAUAUGCAUGAUCUCAAUUGGGGAUUCACGAAACUAUCAGGCUAUCAGACUCCAUUUGUUCAACAUACGAUUGAGCCUAUUGAGCUCCCUCAUCGCUCACUUGAGAAUCUUAAUUGUGUUGGGUGUCCAAAUAUCAAAAGAGUUAAUAUUCCAUCUAUAGCCCAAUGUAUUCAUCUGUCAUCAUUAAACCUUUCUCUAUCAGUGAAUUUGAAAGAGGUUGAUGUUGCGUGUUCCAAUUUGUGCUUCCUUAACUUGAGUAAUUGUUGCGCACUGGAAAUUCUGAAGCUGGAUUGUCCAAAAUUGACCAGCUUAUUUCUCCAGUCCUGCAAUAUCAACGAAGAUACUGUUGAAUCUGCAAUAUCUGGAUGUAGCAUUCUGGAAACUCUUGAUGUUCGCUUUUGCCCCAAGUUCUCGUCAGCGGCUGCUAACAAAUUCCGGGCAGUAUAUCCAAGCUUGAAACGUGUCUUCUUCGGUAGUAGGUGAUCUAAUUAAUUUAUUCACGCAUCGAUCGUGUGUAUGCCCUGACGCAGGGUUCUGUCGUGUGGUGUGCAAUUAAAUGAAUAUGGCCGUCCCUUGUAUUGUUGUGAUUUGGUUUAUGUAGCUUCUAUGAGCCAAGGCCCUCUUGUAUUGUUGUGAUUUGGUUUAAGCAGCUUCUAUGAGCCAGUUUUUACCUUGUCCGUUGCGGACAACACACAAUAAGGCCCUCUUUUAUGUCUACUAUUUAUAGGUUCUAAAUAUGUUAACUGUUACAAGGGCUGGUUCCGGAGGGGUAAAUCUUGCAGCGGCCUGAUCCGCUUGAAGCCAGUUACAUAUUGUUGUGAAACAGUUUGUCCUGCCUGUCUUUACAAGGCAUAUAGCUAAGAUAUAAUCUUCUUUUAUCAUUUUAAAAAAAUAUAAUAAAAAGUACAAAAUCCUUUCUA